ACAACUACAUCGCCUAGGCAGGUACUUUCCUGGCAGGUCUCUAUCAAUCAAUUGUUCCCUGGAUUGGGCAGGUGCCCAAGGCUGUAAUCAGCUCAUCAUUAAUUAAUUAGCCUUUGUAAGGGAUGUGAUGGUUUGCUGUCGCAAGCUUUGAUCGUGAUGGUGGAUUUACUGCUGUUUAGCUGUUCAGCUGUCUGAAUGCUUGGAUAUUACUGUUUCAAGGUGUAAACAUGUAGUAAAAACUGGAUACCUAUGUUACUGUGUGUGCUGAAGAUGUCAGAAUGUGAAGAUACCAGUCGGAAGCGACACGUGGCAGUGACUGUGACAACAUUGACAGCAGUGACAGUAACAGCAUAAUGGGAGAAUACUCCAACUACUCCACAUACUCCCACUCUGAGGAUAACCCCUUCACCCCAGAUAGUCAGACGGGUACAGUCUACAUCAGAAUAGCUAUACCGGAACUUAAAAUUCAGAAAUGCCUGCAGUUCCAGCUGGAUGAUUCUGUGUAUCAAGCCAAACAGAGGAUACUAGCAGCCUUUUCCAAGGAUCUGCGAGACUCCAUCAACUAUGGGCUGUACCUGCCCCCCACCAAUGGCCGUGCAGGGAAGUUCCUGGAUGAGGAGAGACUACUGCAGGAGUACCCACUGCAGGGACCCAUUGGAUUCCUUGAGUUCAAGUACAAACGGAGAGUUUACAAGGUGAUGCAGAUUAACCCUCGCAAGCUCAAGCAGCUGCAUACAAAGAGUAAUCUAAAGCAUUUUAUCGAGCUAGUGAAGAAGGGAGACUUGGAUAAGAUCAACAAACUGACCAGUAAAGGCCUUGACCCCAACUUCCACGACCAUGAGACUGGAGAAACUCCCCUAACCCUCUCCAUUGCUCUGAGUAAGGAGAAGUCCCGUGAGAUGAUGAUAAUACUGGUGUCAGGUGGGGCACACCUUGACUUCCGUAACAAACUGGGUCUCACUCCCCUACACAAGGCUGCUGGACUGGGUAGCCUGGAGAACGUUAAGACUCUCCUGGACCUGGGGGCCUCACCUAACUACAAGGAUCUACGUGGUCUCACUCCUCUCUACUAUGCUGUGUGUAAUGAAACCAACCCUCUGUGUACAGAGAUGCUCCUGCAUGAAAGAGCUUUCAUUGGAUUGCAAGAUGAGCAGGGCUGGUUUGAGAUACACCAGGCCUGUAAGUACGGCCAUGUGCAGCAUUUGGAACAUCUGCUGUACUAUGGGGCAGACAUGGAUGUUCAGAAUGCUAGUGGGAACACUCCUCUACAUGUGUGUGCUGUUUUCAACCAGGAAUCGUGUGCACGGGUGUUGCUGUUUCGGGGCUGCAGCAAGGAGAUCCUCAACUACAACAACCAGACAGCGUUCCAGAUUGCCAUCAUUGCCAACAACAUUGACCUUGCCGAGAUCAUCAAGAAUAAUAAACCAGAGGAUGCUGAACUUGCAUCACCCUCUAAAGAAGAUAAUGAAGCAUUUACAUACAAGAUGUACAACGAGGACUUUGACACACUAACUCUUCCACCCAUCCAUCCGGUCGCAGAUGUACCAGGGAAUCUCAGCACAGCUUUCAAGAAAGCAACGAAAUUCCAGAGUCAGAGCGUCCCACCAUUCAACGCUAAGAAGUUCUCUCUUCACCAUAUGGAUCCCUUUAAGAAGGCAUCAGAAAUAGACGAGAACUACAAGAUCAUCAACGACUCCCGAACCAGGACUUACAAAGUUGAAGACAAGAAGUUGGCACAACUUGACACAACUACCAGACGUACAUUCUUUGGACUAGCCAGGUCAAGAGCUGUUAAUGAAACUCUCAUCGCCAAGUUUAGAAACUCGACCUCGGAAGAAGAUAGAAUGAUCUAUUCAGCAUUACUAACACAGAAGAAAGAUCAUCAGUUCAUGUCUGAACAUCUGACCUCUACAUCAGCAGGAUUGACACUAUUAAGAAGACAAGGACUAUUAUCUUCUUGUACGUGGAGUGAACGCUUCACCAAGUCACUAUACAGAGCGCCGUGGUCAGCACCAUCUAUCUUCGCAGGGGAAAUUGAGGACGUGGCUAAGGAAGUCACCAAAGAAUCAAGGGAGGUCAUGAUGAUCAAGUCCAUCGGCACACUUGCUAGUGUUAUCCGUCAGACCUCACAACGCUAUUACAGAAAGUCGAAGUUCACAGGAAUACAAAGAGACAGAGAAAAGAAAUACGGCAACUCCAGAGGAGUGGGUGGACGUGUACAACGCUACUGGAAGAAUUGGGGAAUUCUUCAGGACGACUAUGUAUCCCAGAUCCUACGCAGAGGAUACAAGAUACAACUACAAGCAGUACCACCAUUGACAAGCAACUCUCUGGGCCACAACUACGCUGCGGACCAGAGGGAGAACUUACUUGACGCCAUCACAACUCUACUCGAGGGUCAAGCCUGUAAGUACGGCCAUGUGCAGCAUUUGGAACAUCUGCUGUACUAUGGGGCAGACAUGGAUGUUCAGAAUGCCAGCGGGAACACUCCUCUACAUGUGUGUGCUGUUUUCAACCAGGAAUCGUGUGCACGGGUGUUGCUGUUUCGGGGCUGCAGCAAGGAGAUCCUCAACUACAACAACCAGACAGCAUUCCAGAUUGCCAUCAUUGCCAACAACAUUGACCUUGCCGAGAUCAUCAAGAAUAAUAAACCAGAGGAUGCUGUGCCAUUUCGUGAGGUGCCCAAAUACAGUGAUAGGAGGAAAGGGUCCACCAUGACACCAAGUAUGCGAGCCAUACAUCGGAGUCGGAGUGAUCCUCGUCUCAACAUCAGUGUCAUUGAAGAACAAAUGAUGAGACAGGGAAUGUCCAAUCAGAGCUUGCCACAUAUGACAGACACCUACUCCAAUGGUUCAUACCCUCCGUCUCGGGAAUAUAAUUCAGACUCGCCACGAUCUCUCAGUAUCUCCAGCACUGGUUCAGGGCCAGUGUUAAGUGUUGGGGAUCAGGGAUAUUAUGAAGGCCGAACUGAUGGGGGAAAAGAGGGAUGGUUCCCAGGGAGCAACGUGAAGGACAUCACUUUACGUAGAGCUGGUUCAAUGGGUGACCUACUCAACAGUGAUACUGUUACUCUCAAUAGAAACACACUGGCGGCUCUCAUCAAUGCAGAUGACCCCUGUGUACAGACGGUAGAUGUUGUUAUAGCAGCAGACUGGAUGAAGACUCAUACAUCAACUGUCACACUACUUCACCUGGUCAUAGGGUCGUACGGUCAUACAGCUGAUCAGAUCACACUGAUCAUUGGGAUUACUAUGACCCAACGGGCAAUUAAGAAGCUGCACACAAUGGGUGAGGAGAAACAAGUGAGUGUGUCUCAGGACAGCAACAAAUCAAAUAGCCAGUUUCCAGUCAACAAGUAUAUGGCUUUGCCCGAUGGAGUGAAACAUGAGGUGGGAGCCCCAGGCAGUCGUGACACCUCAUUUCACCUGGCCACUCUACCACGACACAGGUACAAGCAUCAGAGUCAGACCGGCCUCCAGCCAGUUAAAGCUAUACACACACUGGAGAAUGGUGUGGUGUAUGGGGCACACAAGUCUGUGAAUGAUCUGCAUCCCAACCCUAGGGCUGCAGUGUAUAUUACACCAAGUCCACGGGACACAACAGAGGCUGACAGCUUUCUCAGACCAGGUGACCACAGAGACAGGGUAAAUACACCAGCAUCAAAAGCAGGAGCAAGGGUUGGGGCAUCGUCAACCCGCCUUAGUGUGCCCACAGAAGCCUGGACUGAAGGGGGCUCACUCAGUCGACUUUAUCAAAAGCGGGCACAGUCCACACCCCCUCAGGUGUUUCAAAGAACUGAUAAAUCAGGGAACGGAGUUGUACCUGGUCAGCACUCCCCGGUCCACAGUCAUACAGUCAUACACAACAGUGUACAUGGCCAGCUAUCUCCACACACUGUUUAUGACUCCACACAGACAAAUAUCACCUCAAGAGGGACAGUGGUUUGGCCUGUGAGGAGUUCUGGCAUAGAGCGGAUUCCAGCGGCAGGUGAAACAGGUCGUGAGGUGGCCUCUGCCGCACUCACUUCGGCCACACAUUAUAACAGUCUCCCUGUAAGGACUAAGAUAAACAGUGGAUCAAGACACUCACAUCCCCAUAUUGGGAAUACCAAGGAUACUGGUACUUUUGUGACUUCUGAAACUAACAGUGAUAUUAUCAUGAUGGGGAAUUACUACGACCCUCAGGAGUUAUACGGGACACAAAAUCGAACUUCAAAUCUGUUGAAGUCAAAAGCUAAAUUUUCGAGUAUGCCAUCAUUGUUUGGUUCAAGGGACUUGGAUAAAAAAGCCAUGAAAAGGGAAAAGAAAAGAAUAAAAGAGGAAGAAAAACGAUUAAAAAAGGAAGAAAAAAAGAGGAGAAAAAUGGAGAAAAAAUAUGCUACUGUGAACCCAAACAUGAUGCCUAGGAAUUGGAAUUAUGUGCAAAAACCUAUUGAGGAUGUGUAUAUGAGACCUAAGCUUCGAUUAAGGGCAGUGCCUAUAGAUUUUGAGGAUGGUCCCUCGAGCCAACCCCCUACAGUUCCACCUCCCCCAACCCCAAACAUUGGACUACGAAGGAAAUAUUUACAUUCCAGUGCUCCCGACUUGUUGCGUUUAGAACAAGUAUAUGGUUCCUUAUCAAGGGAAAGAAAGAUAUACACAACUUCUAUACCAGUUUAUCAACAAAGUGAGUAUGCCCCGAAGAGAGUGGUGCUACACAAAGGCCCUGAAGGCUUCGGCUUUGUGCUGCGAGGUGCAAGGUCCCAGACACAAUCUGGGACAUUGGACUUCCAGCCUACUCCCGAAUUUCCUGCUCUGCAGUACCUGGACAGUGUGGAUCAAGGUAGCCAAGCAGACAGAGUGGGCCUCAAAGCUGGGGAUUUCUUACUGGAGAUCAAUGGAGAGAACGUUGUUCGUGCCUCACAUGAACGAGUUGUACAGCUGAUUCGCACAGCACGCUCCACCCUGGCUAUGACAGUGGUGACAGUUCGGCCUCUUGACCGAAACAGUGAUUGGUUUGUACACCAAGAUGGUGUCAUGACACUUCCAAACCGCAAGAGACAAGCUCCUGCUCCUCCUCGCCGAGAUCCACAAACAUCUUUGUCCUACAGUAAAGCUACGUCUAAGUCAAUGGCAGAGGGACUUGCAGAAAUAGAAAAACUUGACCAGACUCUAGCAGAGUAUGAUGGCAAUCAGUAUGCUCGGCGCUCUUCAAUGCCCAAUGACGGUGGAUCAGAACCUAAAACAGCAUCAGUGCGUGCAUCUCAUUCAGCUAAGAGGAUGUCUGUGGUUGAUCUGGACAGCAUUUUGGUCAGCGAGAAGACAGAACAUGGCAAGACAAAGAACAAGGAUUAUGUGAGUCCAUCAGAACUGCGGAUUAUGAAGUACCAUAAGAAACAGAAUGGAACCAUCAGCAACAUGGAAAGAUCCAAGAGCACACCGGAUCUUGCUGGUGAGAUGGUGUUAACUAAGCCAGAGGCUAUCUAUGCCAAGUCAGGUGUUGCAAUUGGCUCUGGAGCAGUUGGACAAGAAAGACCUGGCCCAGGAGCAACCUGGAGCAAGUCUCAUGUCUCUCCUGUAGUAGUGAAAACCUCUGAACCUUCAAGUCUGAGGGGACCAAUAUACAUGACUCCAUCUGUGAAGAGGCCAGUAGCCUACAUUGAUCCAAAAGUACUCCAAGCUGCUGUCAGUAGUGGAAGUGCAUCCAAGCUAAAUCUUAGUCAGGAUGAGCCUCCAUACUCAGUUCCUCAGAUUCCAAGUCGUCAACCCACACCAAAACGCCCUGCUCCACCGCCUCCUCCAAUGAAGGCAGAAGUUGUCUCAAUCAGUACCACAUAUGCCAAUGUCUCAGAGGACAUCCAGAAAACAAAGGCUCGAGAUUCUCCAUAUGAAUCAAGUUUUCGACCUGGCACUUUGGCAAGGCUGACGAAACACCCACAGGUAACAACAGCUUCUCUAGAACAGGCCAAACUGAAGGCUCACCAGAGAAGUGCCAGUGCUGGAAAUAUUGCUGUACCACCAGAUGCAGAGAAUGAGACAGACAAACCUGGUGUGUCUUUUGCAGAAGAUAAGGUUUAUGAGAGUGCAGCAAGUUUCAUGCAAAAACAUCCUAAUGCUACUUUGCUUGUGACAGCAGAUGUGCACAAAGGGCAGAAGAAGGAAAAGAACUUCUAUGAAGCAGAACCUGAACCUGACUAUGAUGUUGAGAGUGAUGAGGAAAAAGCUGAGUCAGUGUCCUCGAGUUCUAGCACGAAAGUUCAAGGGACUUUCAGUCGACAGUCUAGUGCAUCGUCUCAUAAAUCUACAGGGUCCAGAAAUGCUAGUGAGAAUAAAACUGUGAUUUCAGUAGGAGGAGAAGCAUCACAGAAAAAUUCUCCUCAGAACAAACGUUACACAAUUCAUUCAGACAUUCCGUCUUCUACUGCUCCAUUCUCAAAUGAUCCCUCCAGUGGAACAACCAAACUGGUGAUUCCUCCUCGUCCUCAGCAGCCAGCACCCUUGCCACCCUCAGUGCCUUCCAGUACCAAUAGUUCUCGGCGCUCCUCAGUCCAGUCCAAUAUGAGUGGAGAUCGGGAUACUUCCUCAGAUAAAAUCAAUAUUAUGCCACCACCACCACCACCACUAACUUCUAUUGUAGUUCAAACAAGUCAGCCAGUUACAACAGUCACUUCCUACACCACUCCACCCCCUCAAACAGCUCCCCCACCCUCCUCCUCCACCAGUAGCUGCUGCACCACCACCUCCCCUCCUCCACCCCCACCUCCUGCUUCUAACCCACCCCCUCUUCCAUCCUCUACACCUCCUCAGCUACGUCCAGCAGCUCAAAAACCAGUUCCUCAAGGUCCACCUAUUGUACCAACAGAUGACAUCAUGGCUGCUGUUGCUAAGAGACAAGCAAGGAUGCAGUCAGAUGGACCACUCAUGGCACCAGAUAGGCCAGUCCCUGCAGCUGUUGCUCAGAAGUCAAAACUUGAAAUGAAUCAUGAAGCCCUGAAGGCUGCAGUAGCCAAACGUAAAAGUCUGUUGUCCCAAGUUGAUGAUUCUACCGUAGUGGAAACGAUUGAAUCAAAAUUACAGAAAACAAAGAAGCUUCAGUCUGCCAAAUAUUUCUUCUCAAGUGACACCAUUAAUAGGAAAGAUAUGAAAGCAACAUCACCAGAAAUGGCUGAGGAGAAACAUUCUGUGAAUCCUUCAAAAGUACCUUUAGGGAAUACCAAUACAUUAAAAAGUAAAAAGACAGUUGCUGCACCACCACCUCCAGUUACAAAACCAGCAACAGAGACAAAUGCUAAAUCCACACAGCUGCCAAAAAAGGUGCCUAGCAAAACUGUUACAGCUAAGGAAACUCCAGCCAGUGUACCUAAUGCAACUAAAUCAGACUCUGAAUCACCUCAGCCUAGUGAUUUCUUGGCUCUGGCAGAGAAACGUAGGCAGGAGUGGCUACAGAAGAAAUCAAAUGGCACAGAUACAGGAACCCUAAAAAAGAAUACCACAACUAAAAAUGCUACACCCACAAACUCUAACACAAACAACAUUGAAGUGAUUCCACUGAAAAGCUCAUCUGUUGAGGAAGAUUCUAAAGUGUCCAUCCGGGAUAGGAUUGCUAAGCUUGAGAAAGCCCGUCUGAAUUUGAAUGGAACAAUGAAAUCUGGGGGAAAUGUUGAGUUGGGUGGUGUCACUGAAGAUCACUCUCACACUGAAGCUGGUCUUACGCUUAGCAGAAAUAAGAAGGAGAAAGGUCUUCAGAAUGGAUCUAAUUGUGGCUAUGUAGCCCCACCAACUGAAUUUGAGGAUGGUGGGAACAAACCCCCGACCAAUGCCCAUGGUGUCAUUCAAAUUGACAUCAUCCCACCGCCUCCUAUUUUUGCCAAUGAGAGCAGUACGGAUGAGAGUGGUCAUGCUAAUAAUGAACAGUUUGGGUCAGCAUUUGGUCAUGAUGAUGCAGCAAGUCUGGUCUCAUCAGUUUCCACUCUGAGCACUCUAUCCAGUGAACAAGGUGAAGCGGGAUCUCCACCAGCAAAGCAUACUCAACAGUAUGAUGAUAUUAUCCCUCCACCACCACCGCCACCAGGAUUUGAUGACUCAGGUGAACAAAUGUAUGAUGAAAUACAAGGUGAGGAAUGUAUUCCCCCUCCACCACAAUUUGGCAACUCAGAAAGUGGCAAACCAAAAUCGCUCCGACCAUUCCAGACAAAGGCUGUUGAAUCCUGGCUGUGUACGGAUGUCAUGGAUUGGCUUGACAGUGUCAGUAUGAGCCAGUAUAGGUCAAGUUUUGCAAAGAACUGCAUUGAUGGACCCAAGCUACUAGGUCUGGGUAGAAAUGACUACAUUGAACUUGGUGUUGUUCAGGUUGGACACAGAAUGAACCUAGAGCGAUCGAUCAAAAAAGUAGCUAUGAGGAAGACAGCACUGUGAUUGUGUUUGACUGUGAAAAUAUUGUUAUUCAGACAUGGAAAUAAUUGUGAAGUUUGUGAGACAAUGAUACAGACAUGUUGUUAUGGAAAAAAGUGAAGUGUUUAGUGCUCAAGUCUUUCAUACUGAAAGUUUAACAGGCAUUACAUGUGAAUAGAACAUUUAUAUUGUGUGAUGAGACUGUUCAGUGUGAGCAGUAUAUCUUAUACAUUCCUGGAACUAUUGACUGGACCAACUUUGUGAUGCAGUUCAUGGAUAUAACCUGCAUGACAUGGAAAAACUGCACCCAGUGUACAUAUCACAAGAUAUUAUCAGUGCCCUAGUCACAUUGUGUUUACACACUUAUCCCAACCGUUAUUUAUACUCCAAAUUUUCUCAUGCAAUAUACUCAUUGUCUGUCUGCCUUUGUACUUCUUAUCAUAUCAGUGUGGACUUUCUACCACCUGCCUGCUUCUGCCAGACGGUGUUGGGAUUGUCUAGCAUGCAUUGCCCAGUUCUUCAUUUGGAUCAACUUUGCUUUUAGUUUUGUUCUGUUUUGUUUGUUUGCUAAGUUCUAAGAUGGAAAUGCUUUAGAAUCUGGUUUGACUUGUAAUAUUUUCUGGCUGUUUGAUGUUUUGGAAGUGAUGCUGGCCAAUGAUGUUGCCUUGCAUGUAUCAGUUGUCAAGACCAACAUAGGCAACAUAUCUGUUUAUCUGUAUCAUAACUGUAUCAGGAAAUGUAUCUUCUUUGUGAACUAAAAAUAUAUAUUAACUGAGAAGCAGCGAGAUCACCAGUUUUCAAGGUUGUAGGUACAGUUGAUAUCCUAUGCAAGCAGUUUUCUGUUGACAUAUAUAAAAACAGGUAAACAUGUGGCAUAUAACUGCAUCUUGAGAUAUUUUUUUUGAGAAAUUAAAAUUAAGAUGAGGCAGGUACAGCCUGGUAGUCAGAGGGGUACCAGUAAACUUGGAGCAAUGGUAGCCUAAUAAUGGACUGACACCACUUGCUGUUCCUGUAUAACUUCUUGUUAGAUGAAACUUAAUAUCUACAUUUUCAUCAAUUUAGGAUGCAUGCCAUUUUAAAUCAUCGAAACCACUACACUAUACUACACAGAGUUAACAUAUGCACAUUGAUAUCAGUCUAAAUUCACUACUGUUUCUGAUGUCUUUGUGCCAAAUAUUUUGAGGGCGUUAGGGACUGUAUUUUAUCACAUUUACUUGCCAGUGUUGUUGCAUCUUGGCAUGUGCAGUUGUUGUAAUACAUGGCUCCUGAACUGAUACCUUUGUGAUCUUAUCAUGGGUUACACAUUAACAUGAGAUUAUUACUUAUCACUGGUACUAAUUACUACUAUGAUAAUAUGUUUGUGUCCUAUUAUCCAAACAGGUAAACCUUAUCCAGAUACGGUGAUUGCUAGUUGAUGUCAAAAGAUGUAUUUUGUUUGAAAUAAAGCAGAAUUGUCACCUAUCUAUUUUAUGGAGUGUAAACAGAUUUAGCUGUUAUGUAGAUAAACAUGUUGAUAUGGGAUUGUGUAUGCACCUAUGCUAGUCUUUCAUAUGCUAUAUUUAUCAAAGUCCAGAUCUGUAUAUUUGAUAGUAUUCACAACUCUCUAAAUAUUUUUUUAAGAUAAUGACGGUUCCCCAAAACUUUUUUGUACAAAGGGGGGUAACUCCUGUAUUCACUUAUAGUGUAAAAUUCGAUAAACACUGUAUAUGCUCUGAAAGGCUCCUCACUUAAAUAAAUUGGACCAGAAUAUGGUUGUGUAGCUGAUUUGUGAUCGGUCAAGUAAAUGAAAUGUAAUUAAACAUUUAACACUUCGACUGUUGAUAAAAAUGAUACAUUUGAUUAUUCCAACUUAACCACAAUAACCUUAAUUGAUGAUUUGACAAAUAAUUUUAUGCAUGCACUUGUUAACCAUUGCAGUUAAUGCUGAUUUACAAUUACAGUAAUAUUUCCUGUUUUCUUGUUUGUGUAGAUUGAAACUAUAAAACUGUGUGGACUAACUUUAUUUUAGGGAGCAGUGUGCCUGAAAAUUGUACAAUGUAUAUAAACACUGAAAUGACCUUCACCUUGUAGCCUGUACAGAAAACAGACUUAUCACAUUAGUGUUUUCCAGUUGGUUCACAGCAAAUCAAUAAUUGUCUUUUCUAUUAUUUAUAUACUUGAACAUUACAAUUGUGAAGGAUUGUUAUCUUAGUGGCCAUAUGUAAGAAACAAAUGUUAAAUAAACUCUUCCACGUUG